AAGUUUGGUCCACGCACAAAGCAUCUUGGCCAUUUGGGCUUGCCAAGUUGUGUUGAUGGGAGCAGUUGAGGGUUACCGUGUUGCUGGUGGACCUCUCGGUGAAGUUGUUGACCCACUUUACCCUGGUGGCAGUUUCGACCCAUUGGGACUUGCUGAAGACCCAGAGGCUUUUGCUGAGCUCAAGGUAAAGGAGAUCAAGAAUGGUAGACUUGCUAUGUUUUCCAUGUUUGGAUUCUUUGUUCAGGCUAUCGUCACUGGAAAGGGUCCAUUGGAGAACCUUGCCGACCACCUUGCAGACCCAGUUAACAACAAUGCCUGGGCCUAUGCCACAAACUUUGUUCCCGGAAAGUGAAUUUAACAAAAGUUGAUCUCUAAUUUUCAAGUAGUGUGAGAUAGUAUGUAGCUUGUGAGUGAUGAACCCAAAGAAGUUUUCAGUCUUUUUUUUUCUUGCAUUUUGAGCUAUGGGUUCAGUAAAGGAAUUGGUAUGUGAUGUAAAUUGGUUUGGAUUAAUGAAGAACAUGUGAAGCUUUUAAAGUUUAA